CUGGAGUGCGUCAGGAAGGAUGCUGAUUUGAGCUGGGUGUGGUUUGGAAGAACCUGUUCCAGGUCCGGGACAGCCAAAGCAAAGACUCGCAGGAUUCUGCCCUACCCCUCAGCUCUUCAUCUAACGGCUGGCAUCUUGGGGAUCUUGUUUUCCUAAGAUUAUUGGAGUUCCUGUGAUCAUCACAUGAACUCUUCCCCUGGCCUCAUCACCAUCCUGUGUUCCAGAGUUGUUCCAACUAACGAACCUCAGUUUAGACACCUGAGUAUCAAGUUCUCUUCCGGAGGAAUUCUCCAAUCUCGGCCCUGCUGCCUCUUCAGAACCAUCAAGCCUGUACCUGAAAGUGUCUCCCGGCCUUGGAGUGCUCAAGUUCUCUUGGACUCUCUGCUUUGUUCUGGAAAUAAUGUGGGCUUCAGCUCAGGCAGUGUCAAAACAGUCCUGCUACAGCUACUCCUUAGCCCAGGACCCGAGACAGAAGCGUCCUUGUGGCAGCAGCCGGCGUCAUUUCAGGAGGCAGUGACAUUUGAGGAUGUGACUAAAGAUUGGAAGUGUCAAGAGGCCUCUCAGAAGGAUUGCAGCAGGGGCACAAUGCUGGAUAGUUGCAAGAAGCCAGUCCCUCAGCGUAAGGACUUACAAUUCUCCAUGAUGCCACAGAGAGCUGGAAAUGAUCCCCCUGGUGUUUCAAAUUCAAGCGAAAUGGAAAAGGAGAUAAGUAACAUGAGAGAAAAGUUUCUCAUCAGCGUGACAAAGUUAGUGGAAAGCAAAAGUUACAACAGCAAGGUGUUUUCCAAAGAAAAGUACUUUCAAACAAUAAAGGAAGUGAAAGAAGCUAAGGAGAAGGGGAGGAAGUCAUCACGUGAUUAUCGCCGGGCAGCAAAAUAUGACGUGAUCUCUGUACAAGGCACAGAGAAACUAAUAGAGGCUGCUCAUGGAGAACGAGAUCGAAUACGGUAUUACGUACACAAGGAAGAGCUGUUUGAUAUUCUUCAUGACACACAUCUCAAUAUUGGCCAUGGCGGGCGGACACGCAUGCUCAAGGAGCUGCAAGGAAAAUAUGGGAAUGUCACCAAAGAAGUCAUUGUCUUAUAUCUGACUCUUUGUAAACAGUGCCACCAGAAGAACCUAGUAUCCAAGAGAGGCCUCGCACCCAAGCCCAUGCCAUGUAAGGACAUUGACUCCAUAUGCCAAGUUGAAAUCCUUGACAUGCAGUCAAAUGCUGACGGUGAGUUCAAGUUUAUUUUAUAUUACCAGGACCACUUGACCAAGUUUAUUAUUUUGCGGCCAUUAAAAGCCAAACAGGCCCAUGAGGUGGUCGCUGUCCUGUUGGAUAUUUUCACAAUUCUUGGUACACCUACGACGUUAGAAUCUGACAGUGGCUUGGAGUUCACAAACCAGGUUGUCAGUGAGCUCAAUGAGGUGUGGCCAGACCUAAAGAUUGGCCCUGGUAAGUACCACCCUGGCCAAGGCCAGGGCUCCCUGGAGCGAGCCAGCCGUGACGUCAAGAGCAUGCUAAGUGCCUGGAUGCAGGGUAACCAUUCACAUCACUGGGCCGAAGGCCUGCGAUUCAUGCAGAUGGUGAGGAAUCAGGCCUUUGAUGUUUCCUUGCAGCAGAGUCCAUAUGAGGCGAUGUUUGGUUGUAAAGCCAAAUUCGGACUCUAUUCCUCACACUUACCCCGGGAAACCGUGGCUGUUUUACAGACAGAAGAAGAACUAGAAAUUGCUGAAGAACAACUAGAAAGCAGCCUUUGGAUCAGGCAGGAAGAAAGAGCUGAGGCCGGAGCAGACCCAUCUGACAUGGACGAGGACGUCAAUCCCACUCCUCCCAAAGCUGCAGGGCCCAGCACCUCCCAAGGGGCCCCAGGUCUCUUCUGCUGGUGAACAGACUCCUGCCUCUGAGCACCGUGUAGCCACCUGGGAGCUGUUGCCAAGGCCCCAGAUGAAAGGAAUGAAGGCCACACUCUCAGGAAAGCUGUCCGUGGUAGUCCUGGCUCACAGGGGGAAAGCAACUUGGGUCUCUGAUCUCGGGCUGCCAUAAAAAAUUACCACAAAUGUGGAGGCUUAAAACAACAGCACUUUCUUCUCCCUUAGUUCUGGAGGCUAGAGGUCUGAAAUCAAGGUGUUGGCAGGGUUCAUCCCUUCUGGAGGCUCUGAGGGAGAAUCCAUUCCAUGCCUUUCUCCUUUGGUGGCUGCCGGCAGUCCUUGCAUCCCUUGGCUUAGAGUAGCACAGAUCCGGUCUCUGCCUCGUCUGCACGUGGGUCUUCAUGUGGCCUUCUCCCCUCUGUGCGCUCCUUUUCUGUCUGUUACAAGGACACUGUUGGACACCAAAUCUAUGUCGUUGGAAUUAGGGCCCAUCCUAAUUGAGGAUGAUCUCAUCUCAA